UUCAUGAAACACUUAGAUUAAGCUAUGACGGGCUAAGUGAUGAUCAUGUGAAGGGUGUGUUCCUUGACAUAUCUCAUUUCUUUAUUAACUGGCAUGGAACUCAUGUCAUGGCAAUAUUGGAUAGUUGCAGUGGCUUUUGUGUAGAAUCAGAAAUCAAAACCAUUCAAGAUCGGUGUCUUCUAGAUUUUGAUUCACCAAAAUUUAGGAUGCAUGAUUUGAUUCGAGACAUGGGAAGAGAAAUUGUGCGGGCAGAAUGUGCUAUGGAACCUGGAAAACGUAGUCGAUUGUGGCAUCAUGUAGACGUAACAAGCGUGUUAAGAGACGAAUCUGGAACGGAAGCGAUUAGAGGGCUAACUUUAGUGUUGCCAGAAAAAUCAGAUGAGCAUCCCUUCCGCACAAAAGCAUUUAAGAAGAUGCGGCAUCUGAAAUUUCUCCAACUCAAUUAUGUAAAGCUCACUGGACGCUACCGUCAUCUUUCCAAGGAGUUAAGAGUAUUGCUUUGGCAGGGAUUUCCUCUAGAGGUCAUACCCAAAGAUUUUGAUUUACGAAACUUACUUCUUAUUGACUUGAGCAACAGCAAGCUUGUCCGAGUUUGGGUGGAUUCCGAUCAGUUGCCGAAGAAGUUGAAGUUUCUUUAUCUCGAUCAUUCCCGUAACCUGACUCAAUUACCUGACUUUUCAAAACUCCCACAUCUCGAGAGUUUGGGCCUCAACAGCUGUAAGAGUGUGUCUGGGGGUUACCAUUUAUUUGCACAACUGAAGAUGCUUCAGUAUUUAGAUCUUAGAGACUGCAAUAUAACGGAUGAUGCCAUUGUUGAAAGCCUUCGGAGUCUAUCUUCCUUAUGCAGUUUAUUACUAGAUGGAAAUGGUUUUCAUAGGCUACCCAUCCUCAGUGGCCUUUCCCAGCUUACAUCUUUGUAUCUAAAUCAUUGCACAAGCCUUGAGGCAAUCCCAGGUUUGCCGACAAGUUUGCAUACACUGGAAGCGAAUUACUGCACUGAACUGGAAAUAAUGCCCGAGCUUCCAGAGAUGUCGCAAAUGAUAUACUUGCAAAUGAAAGACUGCCGCAAACUCAAAGAUAUUCCAAACCUGGAUAACUUCUUGUGCAACAUGCGUACCCUUCAUAUGGAAGGGUGCACCAGUCUCACUGCUACUUUUAAGGAGAACAUCCUAUUGAAAUGGAAGGGGGAUGUAAUUGGUGGACUUUCUCUCUCUGUAAAUGAUAUUCCUCGCCGGUUACCCUAUGUUGCGCGAGCUGAUGAAACUGUCGAAAUUGAAAUGCCGACUAAUUUUGAUUAUAAAGGAGGGUUGGCUGUGUGCAUCAUCUAUUCUUCGGACAACUCAGACUGUACUGGGUCCCUAUGCCUUCAUGUUGUUAAUCGUACCCAGCGAACAUGUUUUCACAUUUGGCCAAUGGUGACCACCGUAACUGCUUCCCAUGAAUGUUAUCUUUGGCUGGGAAAUCUUACAAACAAGAAGCUCAAUCUGAAAGGUGGCGACAGGGUUCGUGUGCUUGCAGACUUUAUUGAAACAGAGGAUGAUCAUCAAAUUAAGGUGAAGAAAACAGGAGUGGAUAUCGUAAAAUGGGAAACCGUAUUUGAAGAUCUGAUAGAAGUGGACUAUAAGCGUGUGCCAUAUGAGUCUGAUGAAGAUACUGAUGAGGAAGAGGACUAUCAGACUACACCAUAUGAGUCUGUUGAGGAGCACUUUGACGACGAUGAAGAAGAAACAAUUGGGAAAUGAAAGAAAGCAUUUCAAAGUGUCUUAUUUAGAAAGUACUUGAAUUUUUAACAAGAGUUUCAAUGUGGGUAUAAUAAAAGAACUUUUAGUUGAAGCGUUUUUAGCGAAGCAAUGCUGAACGAGUUCUUAAUUAAACAUAUAAGUAGCUUAUUUUCUUAUAAAAUAAAUUAAUGAUUUCUUA